UUAUACCCGUUCACCACUGCUCCAGCGGUGGGUGCAGUCAGCUCCAGCCACCCAGCCUGGGGGGCCCAGCUUCAGAAGAGCAACAUCACACAGACAUGGCUGCCCAGGCCCACGGUCAGCAGGGCUCUUGCCCCACCCUCCCCACACAGGGCUGUGGAGAAUCACCAGAGAAGGAGGCCAGCGCAACCUACUCUAGACCUGCCACCGCCAUGUCGGGGGAGAUGGACAAGCCGCUGAUCAGUCGCCGCCUGGUGGACAGUGAUGGCAGCCUGGCUGAGGUCCCCAGCAAGGCCCCCGAAGUGGGCAUCCUGGGCAGUGGGGAUUUUGCCCGCUCCCUGGCUACGCGCCUGGUGAGCUCUGGCUUCAGCGUGGUGGUGGGGAGCCGUAACCCCAAACGCACGGCCGGCCUCUUCCCCUCGGCAGCCCAAGUGACUUUCCAAGAGGAUGCUGUGAGCUCUCCUCAGGUCAUCUUUGUGGCCAUGUUCCGGGAGCACUAUCCCUCCCUGUGCUGUCUUGGUGAGCAGUUGGCCGGCAAGAUCCUAGUGGACGUCAGCAACCCCACAGAGAAGGAGCAUCUGGAACACCGCCAGUCUAACGCCGAGUACCUGGCCUCGCUCUUCCCUGCCUGCACUGUGGUCAAGGCCUUCAACGUCAUCUCUGCAUGGGCUCUACAGGCUGGCCCAAGGGAUGGGAACAGACAGGUGCUCAUCUGCAGUGACCAGCUGGAAGCCAAGCACACCGUCUCCGAGAUGGCACGUGCCAUGGGUUUCACACCCCUGGACAUGGGAUCCCUGGCCUCAGCCAGGGAGGUGGAAGCCAUACCCCUGCGCCUCUUUCCUUCCUGGAAGGUGCCCACCCUUCUGGCACUGGGGCUCUUUGUGUUCUUCUAUGCCUACAACUUCAUCCGGGACGUCCUGCAGCCGUACGUACAGAAGAACGAGAACAAGUUCUACAAGAUGCCCUUGUCUGUGGUCAACACCACACUACCCUGCGUGGCUUACGUGCUGCUGUCCCUGGUGUACCUGCCUGGUGUGCUGGCAGCCGCCCUUCAGCUGAAGAGGGGGACCAAGUACCAGCGCUUCCCGGACUGGCUGGACCACUGGAUGCAGCAUCGCAAGCAGAUCGGGCUGCUCAGCUUCUUCUUCGCGGUGCUGCAUGCUCUCUACAGCUUCUGCCUGCCGCUGCGCCGCUCCCACCGCUACGACUUGGUCAACCUGGCUGUGAAGCAGGUCCUGGCCAACAAGAGCCGCCUCUGGGUUGAGGAAGAAGUCUGGCGCAUGGAGAUAUACCUGUCCCUGGGCGUGCUGGCCCUGGGUGCGCUGUCCCUGCUGGCUGUCACCUCACUUCCGUCCAUUGCCAACUCGCUCAACUGGAAGGAGUUCAGCUUCGUGCAGUCCACACUGGGCUUCGUGGCCCUGAUGCUGGCCACGCUGCACACGCUCACCUACGGCUGGACCCGUGCCUUUGAAGAAAACCACUACAAGUUCUACCUGCCGCCUACGUUCACACUCACGCUGCUCCUGCCCUGUGUGGUCAUCCUGGCCAAGGCCCUCUUCCUCCUGCCCUGCCUCAGCCGCAGACUCACCAGGAUCCGCAGGGGCUGGGAGAAAGACCGGGCUGUCAAGUUCAUGCUGACUGCUGACCACACACAGGGCGAGAAAACAAGCCAUGUGUGAGGGCCUGGAAAUGGAGACAGGCCCAGCUUGUGGGGGCCCGGAGCUGAUGUCAGGACUCUUUUCUGGAUGCUGCAAAUGGACUGAUGAUAUAUCUGCAUAGAUGGCUGAGAUCCAAAUUCCUGGGAUGCAGGUGAACGUCACGAUAUUCAGAAUGACGCACCAUGGGUGUGAUAUGUAUUCACAUAGAUUUCAUAUAUAAUAGGAUUUACUAUUAUUCUUACUUAACUGAAAGGGUAGGUCCCUAUAUUUCAACUUAUGUAUUUCAAAGCAAGUGCCACACAUUAGACAGCAGAUCCCAUCCUUGUGACAUUUGCAGAGGCAGACACACAGUUGCUGUAGGAAAGAUUUGUAUGUGUUGAGUUCUAGCCUUUAAUCUCUGUCCUCUAUAUCCCCUGUUAGUGACAUCCUAAAGUUGGUGCAGAGCUGGGCUAAGAGCUGCCCCAGGCACAGCCUACCCCACACCCCAGGGCUAAGAAGGAGGUCCUGAGUGUACAGAGGGGCUGGGUGCAGACCCUCCUGCUUCCCUGGGCAUGUGUGGGAGGCUCACCAGGAUGCCCUGGAAUCCAUGUUGGAGCUUUUGCAGGUCUGUCCUUUCUCCAGGGAAGGGUCUGAAGCUGCCCCAUCUGAUCUUAGCUGAGCUGAGGAGGUUGCCCCUCCUCCCUGAAAGUUCAGAGUCACCAUGGAGCCUGCAAAUUGCUCCUUCUGAGAAGGUGUGAAGUCACCUCCUCGCCAGAGCCAUUAAUGAAGCUGAUCUUUAGACGUAUAAUUGUUCUCCCUCCAUUAAGUUGGUGGUGACCCGCCUUCAAACCACUGUGCCUUCUCACCUUUUCUGUCAUUAAUCUGGGCAUCUCCCUGGAAGGCGUGGAGUAGACUCCUGUCAGAGCAGCCCGAGGUGGGGGGUGCGGGGCAGCGGGCAUCAGAGCUUGCAGAGAAUAACCAGUCAAACCAGCCCCUUGGAUGCACCCCUGGACUGGGGGACUGCCUUCGUAACAUUGGUCCCUAAGGAGAAUAACAGGGACCCCUUUUGGUUUAAUCUGUUGCCUAUGGGCAGAUAGCCUCCUUUCUAAGUACCCAGAAACCUCUCUGUCUCCAUGCUCCUCCUGGGGACACCACAGCCCCCCUGGCCCAUGCUUUUGUCUUCCUCCGUCUCAGUUACAAUCAACCACCAAAGUCUGUGAAUAUUAUUUUUUGAAUUCUUGAAGAGACCAUAUUCUCAUUUUAUUACAAUAGUUAUAGUCGCCCUUUGUCGACAUUUCUC